AUGACAUCAGGACAGCAAGCUAAGACUAUCAGCGACAUCAAGAACAGUGCUGUCUUGAGUCACCUGACAGAGGGAUCAGUCGGCUCCAAAGAGUUAGGUAUUUGGUACGACAGUGACAGCGACUCGGAAAAAGAUGGGGAAGAGCAGGAAGAGGUGGAGGCAGGCGGAAGUGAGGAGGAUGCUGGAAGGGAUAGCGACAGCGAGGACAGUGCUGCAGAGAGCAGCGACUCGGUCUCGACCCCCGAGUCGUCGCCGCCGAGCCAUCGUGCUGCGGUGGCGCACGGCCAGGAUGAUGCCUGUUCCAUUGCUUUUGGAUCUUUUGACGCCAACGGCAGAUGGAAGUGGUCAAAGGUGCGUCGGGAAGAUGCGAUAGACAAGGAGCUUGCUCAUGAGGACGCAACAGAUGCACAGCUCGCGCAGCCCGCGCUCAACAGACAUGAUCGUGCUCAUUUCGCAAUGACCGGUGGUGCGGGCAAGCUGGAUGGGCACACAACUCCUUCGAACUUGUUCUGGACCCACCCAGCCAGGGCAGCUCAAACCGACGUGUACGAUUUCGACGACGAGGCGUACGACGUUGUCGGAUACACGUCGUAUCACCCACGCGAGUCGUCCAGAGAGGGACACAGCAUCGUUGUGCCAGUUCGCAUUCGGCUCGAAGACGACUCCUCAAGCGAUGAGAGCGAGUCAAGCAGCACGUCUGGCACAUCAUGCAGCACGUCGAGCGAAUCGAGCGGCAGUGACCCCGAAGCGCGUCGAAGAGCCAGGGUGCACAUGCUUCAACGACUAGGUCGCAACGUUGCGAUCCCGCAGCGGCGUGCCUCAGCUGUGAGGCUCGGCCAUGGAGCGGCGCCGAGACGACCCCCUUCGCUCGACGAGAUCUCAAAUCGUGUCGUGUCAGGCUCAGGAUGCACCUAUGCCAGAGGUACAUCAGCAACUAGCGCAAGGUAUCGUGAACAGCAGCGAGCCGUGAGCUGUCCAUCCCCACUCCUGACACAGCAAGCGUGGUUCGGCGAGGUGCAUGUUAUGGUAACGCCGCCCACGCCACAAAUGUCCUCGGAAAAGAUCCCAGGCGUCGUCUUCAAAAGCCAGCACGUGCGCCCUUGUGCGUUCUCCACCGACGCACACGGUAAUCUGGUGGCACCUGCCUUCGAUGUUGCGCCAGGUAGACAGAGGAUGUUGGAAGAGAGGGAGCAACAGGCAAAAGAAUGGUUACAGGCUUUCAAAGAGCAGCAACAGCGACAGCAACAGCAACAGCAACAGCAACCGGACCGACAAGGCUUGCACCUCAAAUUGGGAGCUGGAUCUGCGGCUCCUCCUGUGGCUACGGAGCAGCAAGUCGCCGCGACAUUUGCGCCAAGCAGUCCAACACGUCGCAAAUCUCCAUCUUCACCUUCCCUCGGAUGCGAGGAUGAGCCUGCGGCGCCUACGUUACUGUUACAACCCGGCGGACCUCCGAUCCCGCCUCGACGACGCAGCUUCGGCGGUCAACGUCAUGCUUCAGGGCAGAUCAAAGCCAUCGACGUGACUGAGGCUUGUGUGUCCAGACCUCCGAGCGCCGAGAAACCUCAAUGCACCGGACUGCCAGUCAACGUACCUGGCAAGACCACGUCUAUCAGUGCGUCAUCAGGACCGGCCGCCGCUGCCGUCGCCGGCGCAGCCGCUCCUCGUCGUCGAUCGCUGGUGGCGAGGCUCGGUCUGCGCAAGCCGAGCAAGGAAGUCAAGGCGGCACGCGAAGCUGUACUCGACGCUUGCAAAACAGUACCUGCCGCUGUAGCCUGA